CAAAUUAAUAAUCAUAAUCAUUCUUUCAUUCGCUCAGGUUGCACAAUUUUGGGGCAAGCUUGCUAGGUUAUUUUUUGUCACAAGUCUUUUCGCCUUAAAAAACUGUCUGGAAACAAAUAACGAUGGCGCAAAGUAAGUUAAACGACAUGGCGGGGAAGUUUGCCAAGGGUGGGCCUCCCGGUCUCGGCAUCGGUUUGAAAGUCGUGGCCGUCGUCGGCGCAGCGGCCUAUGGAAUUUCCCAAUCACUAUUUACAGUCGAAGGUGGUCACCGUGCUAUCAUGUUCAAUAGAAUCGGCGGAAUUCAACAGCACGUCAUGACAGAAGGACUGCACUUCCGCAUCCCUUGGUUCCAAUAUCCCAUAAUAUAUGACAUAAGAUCAAGACCCCGCAAGAUUUCGUCUCCGACCGGCUCCAAGGAUUUGCAAAUGGUCAACAUUUCAUUGAGAGUCCUCUCGCGUCCCGAUUCGAACAGCCUGCCUACUAUGUACAGACAACUGGGUACAGAUUAUGAUGAGAAAGUUUUGCCAUCUAUUUGUAAUGAAGUUCUAAAGUCGGUGGUUGCCAAAUUUAAUGCAUCUCAACUUAUAACUCAGCGUCAACAAGUGUCACUUUUGAUCAGAAGGGAGUUAGUGGAAAGGGCUGCUGACUUCAACAUUAUUUUGGAUGAUGUCUCACUCACAGAAUUGAGUUUUGGAAAGGAAUACACAGCAGCUGUUGAAGCCAAACAAGUGGCACAACAGGAAGCUCAGCGUGCUGCUUUCGUGGUUGAAAGAGCCAAGCAAGAGCGCCAGCAGAAGAUUGUACAGGCUGAGGGAGAAGCAGAAGCUGCUGAUAUGUUGGGUAAAGCAAUGGGAAUGAAUCCCGGUUACUUGAAGUUAAGGAAAAUACGUGCAGCCCAAAGUAUCUCAAGAAUGAUUGCGCAGUCACAAAACAGAGUAUUCCUCUCUGGCAACAGCUUAAUGAUCAAUCUCCAAGAUCCAUCCUUUGAUGAUUUAUCAGAAAAACUUACAAAAAAGAAGUAACAUAAGGCUGAGAAAGAGUAUGCCAUAAGCCUGGAGCCUGCGCCUACUCUUUCCGAAGAAGAAGCUGUUGUUAUUAUUAGUGGCGCGGCUUCAGUAGCUGUUUAGCAUUUGUUUUGUCCUAUAAGAAUUCUGCUAAGUGUAUAAAAGUAAAAUGUAGUACUGUAUGUCAUUAAUUAUGUUAAAUAUUGCAUUUUGAGGUUACUUAAGUUUUAGUAGGUUUAGUAUGUAUGGAAAUCGGUACAUGCAAUAAAAGUAAAAAUACUUA